AUGCAUAUAAAUUUUUUUUUCUUAAUAUGUCUAUUUUUUUACAUUUUAUACAAUUACAAAUUUUUAAUAAAAGGAAGUUUAAGAAUAUUACCAUCAAAUAAUUUAAUAGAUGGUAUAACAAUUCAUUUAACAUAUAAAUUUAUAAAAUACAAGGUCUAUGCUAGGGGAAUAUAUUUAAAUGUAAACUUUGAAUCUGUAAAUUCUGUUAAGAGCUUAAUAGAGAAAUAUAAAAAUAUAAGAAAUUUAUAUUGUAAUUUAAAUAAAAACAAUGAAGAAGAAAUAAUUGAUGGAGAUAUAUUAACAACAAAUAAUUGUGUUAUUUUUAUAAAUAUUAAAUACAAAGAUCAUUUAAAGAAUAUUUAUCAUCUUAUGGAAUAUCUAAAUUUAAAUACAAGUGCAACUGCGCUAAUAUUUAUAUGUGAUAACUUUUUGUAUGAAAAUGAAAUAUAUAACCCUCAUGAAGAUUUAAACUUAACAAUAAUUCAACCAAGUAUAUUAACAUAUUUGAUAUCUUAUGACUUAAUAUCAAAUUAUGAAAAAAAAAACUUUGAUGAAUAUACUUUUGAAUUAUAUUGGGGAGUAAACAAAAAAACUGAUAUUGUUCAUAUUGUUUAUCAUUUAGAUUUCGGAAAAUAUUUUAAUUACUCUUUUUUUAUUUAUAUGAAACGUUUUUUUUUAGAAUUGAAGAAUCAUUUAACUUAUGAAAUUCAAUUUAGCAUACAUAAAAAUUUCACCAUUGAGCCUAGAUUUUGCUUUAUUAGAGAUUCUUCAUAUUGCAUUAGUAAACCUGAUUAUAUAAAUUCAAAUGUAGUUCGAGAGGUUGUGGAACAACAAGUUAGAAGUUUAUGCAUUUAUGAAUUAACUUUAAUUGAUGAUGAUGAAUUUCAAGAAAAUUCAAUUGAUAAUAAAAACAUUCUUCUUAAAAAAAAUAAUAAUUAUAAUUUAUCUAAUUCAAAUGAAACAAGUUACUUGAAUUAUUAUAGUAUUACUAAAAAGGAAAAAUUAAAAGAACGAAAAAAAAAAAUGUUCAGUGAGAUAUAUAUUCAUUAUAUAAAUGCAUUAUUUGAUUUCACAUUUGAAAAAAAAUACUGUUCUAGUGAAUCGAAUGACUUAACAAAAAAAUGCUCUGAUAAAAUUUUGUCUGUUUUAAAUGUAUCAGUUAAAGACGUUGAUAAUUGCUUUCUAAAUAAUUUUCAUACUUACAUGAAAAAUAUGAUAAAAAGUAAAUUUUACGUUUAUUCAAUAGAAAUAAACGACAAAACAUAUAAAAUUAAAUUAAAUAAAGAUAUAAGUAUUAAAUUAAUCUGUUCUGCUUUUAAAAGUAUGCCAUAUCAAUGUAAGGAUUACUUAGCAAAUCAAAUAUUUGAAAUGGAAAAUGAAAAAGAAAAUAGUGAUGCAAAUCUAAUUGCUUUUUCCUUUCUUCUUAUUUCUAUUUCAGUUCAUAUUAUAGGAUCCUUUUUAAAUUAUUUAAUCCCCAAGUUAAUUGAUGUUAACGAAAAGAAAUAA